AUGUCGUCGAUAGACAUUGCGGUAGGUCAACGAUACGAGAGUAAAGACGAUUUGGAGAGACGACUGAAACUUCUUACAGUGAGGCAUCAAUUUGAUUUUGAUGUAGAAACAUUAACCCCGACAUCAUACGUUGUUAAGUGUUGGGUUGAUGGAUGUCUCCGGAGAGUUCGUGCUUCUACCCAAGGAGAAUCCCCGACAUUUAAUGUUUGUAUUUACGAUUCGAAGCAUACAUGUUCCUGCACAGAGCGUUCUAAUCGAUCUCGACAAGCAACACCAGAUAUUUUAGGAGAGUUGUACAAGAACUUUCUCGGCGACGUUGGUCCGGCCGUUCGCCCUAUGAGCGCCAGAGUAGCUAUCACUAAGCAGUCUGGUAUAAAAAUGGAUUAUUGGAAAUCACACCGGACGCUGAAAUUUGCAAGGGAAAUCGACGAGGGAACACUUGAGUGUGGGUUUGAAAGCUUGCCUUCUUACUUAUACAUGAUAGGAAGGGCAAAUCCGAGUAUAGUUACGCGUCUUCAAAUCGAUGAGCUUGGAAGAUUCAUGUAUGUGUUUCUUGCCUUUGGUGCGAGCGUAAAUGGGUUUCCUUUCAUGCGCAAAGUUAUUGUAGUCGACGGUACGUUUAUCAAUAGUAAAUACAAAUGGACGCUACUCACAGAACUAGCCCAGGACGGUAACUUUCAGAUUUUUUCAAUAGCCUUCGCAGUGGUUGACACAGAAAAUGAUGAUUCGUGGUAUUGGUUUUUUACGCAACUAAAACUUCUGAUUCCUGACGACGAGGGUCUUGCGAUAAUCUCGGAUAUGCAUAACUCUAUAGGGAAAGCAAUUAGAAAUGUGUAUCCGUUAGUUGCUCGGGGAAUAUGCCCCCACCAUUUAUAUAAGAACAUACUGGGACGGUACAAAGGAAAAGAUGCAUUCCGUCUGGUGAAAAAAGCGGCGAGAUGUUUUAGGAUGUCUGACUUUACUGCGAUUUUCGAGGAGAUUGAAGCGAUUAAUCCUGCACUCCACGGCUAUCUCCAAAGAGCUGAUGUCCGACUGUGGACGCGUGUUCAUUUCCCGGACGAGAGGUAUAAUUUGAUGACUACAAACAUAGCGGAAUCAAUGAACAGAGCAUUGUCGAAUGCUAGAGGUCUAAACAUUGUUCGAAUAUUAGAAUCGAUACGGGUUAUGAUGACCAGAUGGUUUGCUGAACGGAGAGAGGAUGCCAGAUCGCAGCCAACGACGCUUACGCGUGGUGUCGAGAAACUACUACAUGGUCGUGUAACUGCCGCCAGAGAUGUGACGGUACAAAGGAUUGAUGAUCAUCACACUGAAGUUAAAUAUGGAUCUUCUAGCGAGUCUUUGAAUGUUGUUAACUUGGUAGAGCAAAAAUGCACAUGUCGGCGUUUCGAACGCGAGAAAUUACCAUGUGUACACGCAAUUGCAGCUGCGGAGUACAACAAUGUUUGUUGUAUAUCCAUGUGCAGUCCUUACUAUAACAGUGCAUAUUUGGUGAGCGCAUACGCUGAAUCGGUCAUGCCGGCUGACUCAACGCAACCUGUUCCAGAAAUCGUGGCUAACCAACCGUGUUUGCCCCCGUCUAUUCGUCAACAACCAGGAAGACCUAAGAAAAAUAGGAUGAAAUCUGCUUUAGAAAUUGCACUUCAAAACAAACGUCCUAGGAAAGAACACACAUGUUCUCGAUGUAGAUAG